AUAAAAUUGUAAAUCUGAAAAACAAAUCUAUCAGUGAAAUUAAUUUUAUUUCUAGCCUUCUUUUAAAAGGGGCAAGUAGAGGGUAGAGCCAAAAGUACAAUUAAAGCUAUGAAAAUUUCAGUGAACCUGUGUAUAAUUGAUUGAACUCUUAAAGAAAAGUUGCCAGUAAUUACAAAAAAAGGAGUGAUUACAGUUCGCCAUUUGUGAAUAAUUCGUUCAAAUUGCCUGUUGUGGGUAGCUUCUUAAGAAUGAAAUAACCACGUCACUUUGUAACGAUCAGUUUUCUUUAAACGUGAGAAUGGGAAACUUUCUAAGUGCAAAAUAUGUCGGCAAGGAAAGGAUUGAUGGAAAAUGCGUGGUAAUAACUGGAGGAAACGAAGGCAUUGGUAAAUAUACAGCACUCAAUUUAUGUAAACAAGGUGGACAUAUAGUAAUAGCUUGUAGAAGUGUACAAAAGGGAAAAGAUGUAGCCAAAUGGAUAGAAGAAAAAUUGCAACACAAAGAAAAACAUGGAGAUGUUAAAAUUGUACAAUUGGAUCUGUCAUCAUUGACAUCUGUUCGAGAAUGCGCUGAUAGUAUACUUGAAACUGAAAAAAGGAUAGAUAUUUUAAUAAAUAAUGCUGGCGUGAUGUUCACACCCCAUAAACUAAGCGAAGAUGGCUAUGAAAUUCAGUUUGCUACAAACCACUUAGGCCAUUUUCUGUUCACAUUGUUGCUUUUGCCAAGGAUACUUGCAUCAAGGCCAGCUAGGAUAAUUAAUCUUUCAUCUGUAGCUCAUUACUAUUGUAAAUCUAUGGAGUAUGAAGAUCUUAAUAUGGUUGAUGAUUAUUCUCCAUUUAGAGCCUAUACAAGAUCAAAAGCUGCAAAUGUUCUUUUCACUACAGAGUUAGCCAACAGAUUAAAGGGACGCGGUGUCAACGUAUACGCAGUCCAUCCAGGGAUAGUGCAGACUCGUCUUUGGAAACAUUCAAGUGAUACAAUUUGCCCUGGAGUGACAUUCAUAAUGGAUAAUCUUGGGUUUCUUUUUGGGAAAACUCCUGCCCAAGGAGCGCAGACUACACUUUAUUGCGCCUUAAGUGAAGAAGUAGAUUCUGAAUCCGGAUUUUACUAUGAUAACUGUAGAAAGAAGGCGCCGUCGGAGUUUGUCCUCAACCGAGAUGAAGCUGAAUUACUUUUUGUAAAAAGUUCUGAAUACGUCAAUCUUUCUUCAGAUCCAUAUGAUCCAUUCACACCUGACAGUUUUCAGGAGCAAAUGAAUCGAAUAGAAGAAUAAUCAAUUAUAAAUUCAAAGACCUAUAAUGUACAAAAAAAUAAAUCAAAACUUCAUUGAAAUCCUAUA